CUUCAGCAUUUAAUUUAAUCUGAGUUGAGCUUUUUUUCUGUAAAACAUUUUGCAAAGAAACUGAAUUUACUUUUGAAAUUCCGACCGUUUCUUAGAGUUUUUGUGGCUCAUAUAAUUUGGACAAUUAAAUUUGUGUGUUCGUUCAGAUUGUCUGGUUGAAAUGAGACCUUUCAUGAAAAGUAUAAAAUGCGCUCACUUCAAGAGAUAAAUCAUCAGUCAACAGUUGAUCAACAAUCAACUAACAACAACAUUUCAAAAGGAUUUAACCAGUUAAUUUCAAUUCAGUGUGUAUAAGCUCAUACUCAACAAUGAGCAAAUUUAGUUUCUAUUGUGCUUUAAUAGUACUAAUUGUAGUACCUGCUUACGCUAAUCCAUUUACUUCAUUAGUAAAUGCAAUCGUACCAAGCAAGACUUCCUUAGAGAAGUCAGCUGAGAAAACAGGAGAAGAAUCAAUCUCAAAGAUUGCUAUUAUCCAGCCUCUUGAUGGUUGGGGACAUCAUGGCCAUGGACACCACGACCACCAUGGAUGGGGUCAUCAUGAUGACCAUCAUGGGUGUAAAGUUAAAGAGGUAACUCAUCACCAUCACCAUCACCACAAACAUGCUCCAGUUGAAGCUCAUCAUCACCACAAACAUGGACACAAACACGGUCAUGACCACAAACAUGGUCAUGGACAUAAACAUGGACACAAACACGACCAUAAACACGAUCAUGGACACAAACAUGGACAUGGACACAAACACGAUCAGGUUCACAAACAUGAUCAUGGUCAUAAACAUGGACAUGACCACAAACAUGGACACAAACAUGAUCACUGGGAAAAACAUGACCACAAACAUGGACACAAACACGACCACGACCACAAACAUGGACACAAACAUGAUCACUGGCACAAGCACGGCCACAAGCACGGCCAUGACCAUAAACACGGACACAAACAUGACCAUAGCCAUAAACACGGACAUGACCACAAACAUGGUCACAAGAAUGAUCACUGGCAUCAUCAUGGACACAAACACGAACACGGCUGGAAUGAUCAUGGUCAUGGUCAUCAUGGAUGGCAUGAUGGAGGUCACCAUGGAUGGAAUGAUCAUGGACACCACGGUCAUCACGGUCAUGAUCACCACGGUCACCACGGACAUCAUGGAUGGCAUCACGAUAUUCACAAGAAGACUGGCUCAAUUGAUGUUACAAACACCGUUGCUGCUGCUUCACCUGAAUAUAGCGUUGUUGACUCAAAAGGAUUCACCUCAUCACUUGACAAGGCUGAUGAUAAGACAAUGAAAAUGAUUGCUGAAUUUGACAAAGAAUUUUAUUCCAAAUCAAAAUAGAUCAAUUAUUGUAAUAAAUUAACUGUGAUAUUGACAAUAUGAACCCGAAAAAACAAAAAAGCAACUCAAAAGCAUUCCGAUGCAUAGCAAAAAAAAACAAUAAUCUGUUAUUUAUAUUGUAAAAACUAAGCACUUAUUAUAAAAAAUAUAUGUAAAAUUAUCUAAAUCAUGUUUAAUCAUGAGUAAACUUAAAUCUGAUCAUCACUGUACAGCUAUCAUCAAUAAACAUACAAAA